AUGAGUGAAUUGUUUGUUUUAGACUUUCCGUAUCCGCGUGUCGGGGCUAUUGAAUUUCGACCGCUAAGUCGCAACGAUUACACGAAAGGGGUAUGUAAGGUGUUAAGUCAACUGACCACUUGUGAGACAUCAAAGAAGAGAUUUGAAGAGGUCUUUGAUGCGAUUCAGUCGCAUUCAAAUUACUUUGUAAUUGUUGCAGAAGACAUCGAGACACAUCAAAUAGUGACAAUGGGGACUCUAUUAGUGGAGUCAAAAUUCAUUCAUGGGGGAAGUAAUGUAGGUCAUAUUGAAGAUAUUGUUGUGUCACAGGAAUAUAGAGGAUUGGAUCUGGGAAAAGUCUUAAUCACCACUUUACUCGAAAUUGGUAAAAUUGAAAAAUGUUAUAAAGUCAUUUUGGACUGUAACGAUAAGGUACUCAAAUUCUACGAGAAGUGCGGAUUAACAAAGCAUGGUAACUGUAUGGCUCACUAUUACAUCGAGCAGUAG